AAUAUAUUAAAGGGCUCCCAGCACGGGGCGCGGCGCAGAGCGAGGCGAGCGGCGGGAGCGGGCAGCGCCGGGACAGCCUCAACGGGCCAGGCCCCGGUGCGGCCGUGAUGGCGGCGGCCAUGCUGGGGGCGGCCAUGUCGCGGCGGGUGCCGGUGGUGGACGUGCAGAGCGACAACUUCGCGGAGCUGUGGCCCUGCAUGGUGCUGGCGCUGCGCUCCGCCACCUUCGUCGCCGUGGACACGGAGCUGAGCGGCCUGGGCGCCAGGAAGGCGCUGCUGAGCCCGUGCAUCGAGGAGCGGUACCGAGCCGUGUGCAGCGCCGCCCGGACGCGCUCCGUGCUCUCCCUGGGCGUCGCCUGCUUCAGGCAGCUCCCCGACAAGGUAACGGGGCUGCCGCUGGGCACCGGGAGCGGGGCCGGGGUCCGGUGCUGUGCGCGGCCCCGCCGAGCCGCCCCCGGCUCCCGUGGGUGCGUGCGGGGCUCUGACCGCUGCCUUGUGCUCCCCCGCCUUCCGCAGCCCGAGCACACGUACCUGUGCCAGGUGUACAACCUGACGCUGCUCUGCACGGAGGAGUACGUCGUGGAGCCGCAGUCGGUGCAGUUCCUGGUGCAGCACGGCUUCGACUUCAACAAGCAGUACUCGCAGGGCAUCCCCUACCACAAGGGCAACGACAAGGGCAAUGAGAACCAGAGCCAGAGCGUUCGGACUUUUUUCCUGGAACUCAUACGAGCGAAAAAGCCUCUCGUUCUCCAUAACGGCCUGAUUGACCUGGUCUUCCUGUACCAGUGCUUCUACGCUCACCUCCCAGACAACCUUGGCACUUUCACCGCUGACCUCUCGGAAAUGUUUCCAGCAGGAAUAUACGACACCAAAUAUGCUUCGGAGUUUGAGACCCGCUUUGUGGCAUCCUACUUGGAGUAUGCUUUCAAGAAGUGCAAGCGAGAGAACUGCAAGCUCAGGGACUCCAGCAGCCAGCACCUCACCGUUGAGUUCUGCAACUACCCUGAGAACAUGUCCCACUACAUUGACUAUCGCCACUGCUCUCUGGAAGAAGCAAGCCGCAGCGUGGGAGGGGCAAAUAACGUGCCUGUCUGCGAGAAAUUUUCGGCCUACGGCUGGUGUCCAAAUGGGGUGAAGUGUCCCCAGUCGCAUAACAUCGACCUCAUAAUUGACGAGGACGACAAGCUUUCGGAGAAGCGGAAGAAACGCAAACACAAAUGGAAGCGGCGGAAGAACGCGGAAGAACCUGCAAAGGUGCUUGAACAGGAAAGCUUAGGGAAAGAAAUGGAGGUAGUUCAGAACGGGGAGGAGGGACCGCCGCGAAAGCAGAGCUGCUAUGAAGCCGCUACAGAGGCGGCGGAGAUGACACCCAAUGAUGAUGACUGGCCACUGGAGGAGGAAAACGCCGCUGCCAUGGCACCAGAGGCCAGCUCAGACACCAGCACACAUGCUAGAUGGGAAGAGGAUCUGGGGAGCACUGAAGAACCUGCUGACAUGAGCCCUUCUGCCAAGGGAAACGCCUCUGACAGUGACCAAGUGGAAGGGAAGUCAGAGAUCCCUUCAGGAGCAGCCUCAGCCAGUCCCCCAGACAGCCCCAAGACUGAAGCAGCGUGUGCUGCAGGAAAGCAAAAGGAAUCCCAGGAGCUCCCUUCGCAGGGGGGCAUCCACCGAGCUGGUUUUGAUGCCUUCAUGACUGGCUACAUCAUGGCUUACGUCUGGAUGCUCAAGAAAAGAAAAAGCACAGAUGGUAGCGCAGAGCCGUGGUGUCCAGACUGUCAUAAUAAACUGUACCUGAGUGGGAAAUCGGUGCCACUUCAAAUAGUGAAGAGCUCCUUUUCUAAAUCUUCCAAAGCUCACAGCCGGAAGAUGAAGUUAGCCUGGGACAGCACACAGAGCUAGGGGGACUCCUGGCUGAACUGGGCUUUUUUCCCGCCCUCAAGUGUUGAAGUUCUUUAUUCUAUCAAAAGUUGACUAGAAAGGGAGCAAAUUUCUUAUCAGUGGUUUUGUUUUAACGUCUUGACUAAUUAAAUUGCUCCCAGUUGGA